AUGAAUCACAGCCAUGAAAAAACUGUGAAGAAAAUCAGUGUGGUGAACCUCGAUAAACUUUUAGAUAACUUCUCAGAGAUAGAAAAGAAAAUAUCAGAAAUUAAUGAAAUAAAUAAUCUGCUGGUUCUUCGGCUGGAAAAAUGUAACAGGUUGUUAACAUUAAGCCAAUCAAAGGAAGAAUCAGUAAAAGAAGAAUGCACUACUCUACAGAAUGUGAUAAAGGGUCUAACACAAACCAUUGAAAACCACUGUAAUGUAAAAGAUGAAAAUGAUAGACUGAAGAGUACCAUUCGCAUCUUGGAAGAGAAAUUAAAGACUCGUGAACAGGAAUAUAAAGAUCAGAUUGAGAAACUUAUGAUAGAAAUUAAAAACAAAGAGGAAGACCACAAAUUAGAAAUAACACAGUUGAACUGUGAUAUAAGAAAAAAAUUUGAAGUAAAAGAAGUGGAGUAUAGAGAACAGAGUGAGAAAAAAGAACUGGAAAUAUUAGAGCUAACAAGGCAGCUGAAAAUUCAAAAUGAAGAGAAGCAGAAUGAAAUAAUUAAACUGCAAAUAGAGUUCAAUGCUAAAUUAGCAAGAGUUCAGAAUAAAACAUCAAAAUCAUUUGCAGAUGCUUCCGUCUUUCCACAAAGUAUCUAUCGAAGGAAGCUGCAGCAUCUUCAGGAGGAAAAAAACAAUGAAAUUGAAAUUCUCCGAGACACCAUAAGAAACUUAGAGCAACGUCUUAUUAAAGCCCAAGACCUGCACUUGAAACAGAGGCGACUGAGUAAAUGACAUGAUGUAUGUCAGUACUACAGGCAAUGAGAAAUGGAAACAGACUAUUUUAAACUGUGCACCUGAAAGUAAAAACAAGAUAUGAAGAAAUACAGAGUAUUUUUUAUUGAAAAAGCUCUUGUCAGAUAUUCCAGAGGCAUGCAUUCUGUGUAUAUUCAGGGCUACUUUCUUGCUAAUCAGUAUUCACCAUAAAAAGAUUCAGGUUUCAUAGGAGUAAUAAUUUCCCUAUUAAACCAUCAUUAAUUAUGGUGUACACUUUCAAAGCUGUUUUCCUUUCUUGAAUAUUCUUUUCUUCAUCCAGGAAGCCUUCAAACAACUAUGAUUUUACUUCAACUCCGUUAAUCAAAGGUUAGGAAUGCUAAGCUACACACAAGAGAAGUUAUACAAGUGUAAGAGAUAUUACCUUACUAAUUAAUACAGUUAUCAAAUUCAGCACUGUUAUAAACAAACAUAAACAUUAAACCAAGAUUAAAUUUGUUCUGACUCUUCCUCUUCUUGAUAGUGAUUCUGCAUGAAGAGUUGUUAGCACUGCUUCUCACUUUAGGCCCAAUCUUACUGAUUUAGUGGGAUUUUACAAGCUGUAGUAGUAUAUAUUAAUGGACCCUGAUACCAUAUCUAAGCCACAAAAGUUAAGCAUAUAAAUCUCUUACUUUAAAGUAAUUCAAUUACUGCUUCUGUCUUACAUUUGAGAUAAAAAGUUAUUUUGGCACAUUGCUUAGAAAUAAACUCUUCUUGUAUGUAAUGUGUAUCCCCAGGUUAGGAAAAAA